ACCGGGGGCCCGAGGCUGAUGGCGGCAUCCGGGAAGUGGGCAGGAGGGCUCGUGGACGAGGCCGCGGAGGACGGGGAUCCGGCAGCUCGGAAGCCCGGGGCCGCCCCGUUCGGAAACUUCCCUCACUACUCCCGUUUCCACCCUCCCGAGCAAAGGCUCCGCCUUCUGCCCCCGGAGCUUCUUCGGCGGCUCUUCCCUCCCGGGGGUCCCGAGAGGAGGCCGGUCCUGGGGCUCGACGUGGGGUGUAACUCCGGGGAUCUGAGUGUGGCCCUGUACAAACAUUUCCUUUCCCGGCGUGACGGGGAGACCUGCGCCGGCGCCUCCAGCGAGCUCCGCCUCCUCUGCUGCGAUAUAGAUCCGGUCCUUGUGCAGCGCGCGGAAAACCAGUGUCCCUUUCCUGAUGCUGUGACCUUCAUCACCCUGGACAUCAUGGACCGCAGCAACAGGGCGGUUCCCUUGCGUUCUUUCCUGAGCCAGUUUGGGCGCUCUGCGUUUGACAUCGUGUUCUGCAUGUCCGUGACCAUGUGGAUCCACCUGAACCACGGGGACCGCGGUCUGUGCGAGUUCCUGGCCCACGUCUCCUCCCUCGGCCGCUACCUGCUGGUGGAGCCGCAGCCCUGGAAGUGCUACCGGGCAGCCGCGCGGCGCCUCCGGAAGCUGGGACUCCACGCCUUCGACCACUUCCGCUCGCUCGCCAUCCGAGGCGACAUGGCCAGCCAGAUUGUGCGGAUCUUGACGCAGGAGCAGGGGAUGGAAUUGGUGUGCUGCUUCGGCAACACCAGCUGGGACCGAAGCCUUCUGCUCUUCAGAGCAGAGCACACCUCGGGCGCUCGGCCGGCCCCCGACCCGCUGUCAGAAGGGGGUCGGGGACAGGUUAACACUGAAGCACAGAGCAAAGAUGCUGUAGAGCUUUUACACUGAGAACAGCACUUCCCGGAGCGCUCAGGCCGCAGGACACCUGCCGGGAGCUCUUGGCCAAGUGUCAGUGUCCUCUGGUGUUAGGACCACCCCCCCCCCGGGGGGGGGGACGAGUUCAUAGAGAGCUGAACUAGGCGGUCCAGAUGGAGAGUGUGGUCGGUCCUGGGAAAUGAAACUGCUUUUGGAAGUACUUUAAUGUGCUUGUGAUCAAGCUUAGAGUCUUGUUGUGUGCUUGGCAAAUGGUCCGUCACCGAGGCUCAUUUCCAGUUCUUAAGGGGUUAUUUAUUAAGUAAUAGUAAGACCCUCCCUCCCUCCUCCCCCACCAGUAAGUAAAAGCAUUAAGUUCUGAACCCUGAGGGAGGUAGUGAUUUGGGUCUGCAGUGCCGCUCAGCAGUCUUGCUUUUCCCUCCUCCCCGCUUCUCCCUCCCCUGAGUUUCAGGACCAAGAAUCAAGCACAGAACUUUUUGGAGUUUUGUUUUUGUUUGGUUUGUGAGACGGGGUAUCUCUAUGGGGUCUUUACUGUCUUGGAGUGUAGUUAUAUUGACCAGGCUGGUCUUGAACUCACUGAGCUCCUCCUGCCUCUGGCUCCUCCCUUCAUGCCUGGCCUUGUAUUCUUUUAUCACCACGCCAUUUUUGAAAUGUUUAUUUAUUUUAUGUGUAUUUUUUUUUUCUGUGCACUGUGUACAUGCAGUUCCCAAAGAGACCAGAGGAGGGCACUGGCUCCCCAGGACUGGCGUUAACCGAUGGUGGUGUGCUGGCCGCAGGGAUUCCUGACCCCACAAGAGCAGCCAGCGCUAAGUGCCGAGCCAUCUCUCCAGCCCUGAGCUAGCCGUUUGGUUUGUUGGUUUGUUUGUUUUUUCCAAGUCAGGGUUUCUCUGUGUAGGCCUGGCUGUCCUAGACUCACUUUGUAGACCAGGCUGGCCUCGAACUCACAGGUCUGCCUGCCUCUGCUUCCCGAGUGCUGGGAAUACAGGCGUGCACCACCGUGCCCAGCUCAUGCUGGCCAUUUUUAAGUUUACAGUUCCAUGGAAUUGAGUACAUUCACAGCAAAGGUUCUGUUUUUAGCAGGCCCCUUGAUUCUGACACCAGUGGAAGAGACAGUUUGAUGGCUUAGGAUUUUGUCUAGACUCCUGAACAUUUUUUCCAGAAAAAGGCCUUCUGUUCCUGUUCCUUUAACUUACCCGCACCCUCCUGAAUAGACUGGUCUCCCACUCCCCGAGCUCCAGACAAUAGUUCCCCGUUGUGUAAUCAUAAUCCCCUGAAGUAGUUAUUAGACGUCUCACAUAUGUCAUUUCAGCAUAUCCCAAAAGCAAAAUAACCGUUUCCAAACCCAACCUGGCCCUGUUGUGUUCAUUUAUGGACACGCUAGAAACGCCAGUUAGCUCCUGUCUACUCCCUACAUCGAAACAGGUACAAAGUCCAGCAAAUUCUGCCAACACGUGUAAAUCCCACUUACCGCAUGCCUGAGGCAGCACUUGCCUCCAGUCCGUGUCCUGUCUUCAGCCUUAGUUUCACCUAGACAGCUGAGGCUGUGUGCUCCUCUUCCCAAGCCCAGGUGAGAGGGAAUUUUGCGGAAGAAAUUAUUUAACAAAAAUAAGAUGCUGUACUUUGUGAUGGCACUCCGUGAACGUGCUGCAGGCUACAAUUGGAGCAAAGGCUUAGAAGGGAAAACAUGGCAGAAAAUAAGGAUCUUGUGUCUCGUUGCUUUCCAGGAUAAGGAAGUGCUGUUACAAGCUCUGAUUCCUCGAGGGCCACCGAACAUUGCAAAUGGGCACGGUGGCCUCAGAGUGCUCACAGAGGAAGGCAGCUCUGAGGUUCCUUGUCCUCCGGCAGCAACACCUUAACUACUUGGGGGCUGUAUCACCCGUUACCAAGGCUGUGCAGAGAAUGGUAUGUGGACCAUGACAGGCUUCCCAGCAGACUCCCGAGAUGUCCACACACCGAUCCCAGUAGCCUGUGAACAUGAGCUCAGGAGGGUUAACCACAGAACAUGUAAUGAUGGAAGCUUAGGUGGUAAUAAGGAAGGGCUGCAGACCACGGAAUGCAGGCGCCUCCUGCAUUAGAGCAGGCAAGGGAACACAUCCUUCCCUGGAUUCUCUAGAAGGUGUGCAGCCGCUGGCACCGUCGUUUUAGAUUUCUGGCUUCUGGGAUUAUAAGAAUAAGUAUAAGUUGUUUCAAACCACUAAGCUUGUGAUUUGUUACUAACGGGAGCCUCCUGCUACCAGACUGGCUCUGGAAGCCCCAAAUAGAACUCGGCCUAAACAGCUCCUGUCUUGAUUUUGGUUUUGUUUCUGUGGUCCUGGCUGGCCUCCAGCCCACAGAGACCACCUGCCUCUGCCUCCCAAGUGCUGGGAUUAAAGGUGUGCACCACCGUGCCCAGCUGGCCCAAACAACUUGAUGGCAGAAAAUGGUCCCAGUGACAAAGGAUAUGCAGGGCCUUCAUCUCCACACUUUUUUGGGGGAAGGGGGUUGUGGGGAUUGUUUUUUGUUUUUGUUGUUCAAGACAGGGUUUCCUGUGUAGCCCUGGCUGUCCUGGACACGCUUUGUAGACCAGGCUGGCCUCGAACUCCCAGAGAUCCACCUGCCUCUGCCUCCGGGAUCACUCUGCUGGGAUCACAGGCGAGCAUCCGCACACUUAGAAUGAGGGCGCUUCAGCUUUGGAAGCCUUUAGUUGUGAGUCAGAGCUGCUCAUUGGUGGCUGCUCACUGGUGGCAUGCUCCUGAGGGAGCGGGUGGGAGGACCGUUGUCCGUCCUCGAGUGUGUGGCAGUUAGGAGGAAUGCAGAAGCAGUGCUCAUUGAGGCCCCAGAACCAGGCAGGCAGCAACUGCUUUAGAGCCACAAAGACCAUGAGAACACUGUCCUGAGAGCACAGCAGCGUGACUAAGGCCUAACACCAAGCACACUGAGCGUUUUCAGGCCUCAUGACACAUGUAGAGAAUGAGCCUGGAUAUACUGUAAUGUUUGAAAAGAAAAAACAGAAAGCCAUGAGCUGGGUGUGGGGACAGUCAUCCACAGUCUUGGUACUGGCAAGCUGAGUUUGAGGACAGUGUGGGCUACACAGCUGAGCUCUAGGCCAACCUACACUGACAAGAUCCUGCAUCUGAAAAAUAAAAAGCUUUAGGUGUGUAAGCAAGCAUCUCCAAAAUGCUUUCACUUCUUUAGCAGGAAAGACCCCAGCCCCUCCCCCUCACCCCGUACCAUAAUACUGGAGUCUCUGGUUCUCACACCUAAAUACACACGGAGCAGUCUCCAUCUAGAUCAGCCAUGUUUCGGAUACUCGUCUGCCACACGUGGCUGGUUCCAGUACUUUCGGGAGGCAUCAUGUCCGCUUCCUUCCCUAUGCCCGUCCUGCUCUUAGCUGCUUCGGAAUAGAACCGGGAGCAGAUUUAAACAGCCCUGGAUCUUCAGAGGGUAAAUUCAGCCUGUUCUGCAAAUUAAAGUUGACAGGGGGAAGCCGGUACCAGCUGAUGCGAUCACAGAGCUUCAGGAGUGUGCUCUGUGAGCUACAAAGGGCGCGGGAGGUGAGCUGACGCUGAAGGGUGUGAGAUGAUGGGCAAGGAACAGUCUCCUGUGAGCUGGAGAGAGGGGUCCUGUGGCCAGACACACAGGGCAGGCUGGAACAGGCAGCUGUCAGAACAGGAGCAACUGUAAAUUCUGAGUACUUUCCACACGAGAACACUCAGAAGCCACAGGCUAAAGGGGGAGAAACACAAACUUUCAUGAGCGCCAACUACAAUUAUUUUAACGUCUGUGAAAAAGGACUAAUGGCACACACAAUUUGUGACUAUAUCAGUAAAGACAUCCAUGAAAAAUAAUGGCAGGCCAGGCAUGGUGGCCCAUACCUUUAAUUCCAACACUGAGGAGGCAAAGGCAAGUGGAACUCUGUGAGUUGGAGGCCAGCCUGUUUUACAUAGAGAGUUCCAGGACAGCCAGGACUGCAUAGAAAGACUUGUCUCAAAAAGGCGGAGUAGAGGGGGAGAGAUGGCUCAGAGGUUAAGAGCACUAGCUGUUCUUCAAAAGGUCCUGAGUUCAAUUCCCAGCAACCACAUGGUGGCUCGCAGCCAUCUAUGGUGAGAUCUGGUGCCCUCUUCUGGCCCGCAGGCACACAUGCAGGCAGGAUCCUGUAUAAAUGAGUCUUUAAAAAAAGAAAGAAAAUAAUAAGCACAUAUUUUAAACACAUGUUGUUUCUUUGCUGACAGGGCCUUGCAGCUGGCCUUGAACUCACGGCAACCCUCCUGCUUCAGUCUCCCAAACGCUGAGGCUACAAGGUCAGCUGCCAAGCCUGACUGAAAACUGGCUUAAUCAUGUAAAUCAUAUUACAAUAAAUGAUGAAGAAUUCGUUUCUUGGA